AUGGCAGAAGAAACCCAACCAAAAUGGGAAGGCAAGGCCAUUGCUGAGCUGAAAGGGCCAACACCGGACCAAGCGUGGCCAUUCUUGGAGGACUUUUGCAACCUUCACAAGUUGCUUCCCUCCGUCGACACGUGCCACCGAGUAGAGGGCGUCCCAGGCCAGCCCGGCCUCAUCCGGCACUGCACCUUCGCCUCCCCCGAUGGUGACUCGGACCCGUCGAAGCUGAAGUGGGCCAAUGAGCGUCUCCUCAUGAUGGACCGUAGUGACAGGUGCUUCAGCUAUGAGGUCUUGGAUAACAAUAUGGGGCUCAAGUCCUAUGUUUCCACAGUGCGAGUGAUGCCCGUGAAUGACGGGGAUGGUAAGAUGGUUGGGUGCAUGAUUGAGUGGUCUUUUGUGUCUGAUCCAGUUGAAGGUUGGGGGCCCCAAGAUUUGAGCUCUUACGUUGAUUUUUGCCUCCAAUCUAUGGCCAAGAAGAUCGAAAGUGCAAUUCAAGAAGUUAGAGGAUGA